CUUUUUUAAAAAGGAAUUGAAAGUAAAAAAUGGACAAAAUUUCCUUUUCAAAUGGUACAUUAUCUCAUUUGGAAACGUUGGAGGCUUCUGCCCACAAUGUAGCACUGAAACAAGAGAAAAUAAGGGAACAUGAGGAGAAGAUAUUGAAGAUGAAAAUGAAGAUCCAGGAGCUGAGAAACCAAAGAGAUGAGUUGAAAACCAAACUAAAUGUUUGUCAGUCACAGUCCACUCCAGGCAAAGAUGCUAUGAAAAACAGUUUGCCAGUUUCUAAGGCUACAGCGAAAAGCCAACAGGCCAUCUUAGAACGGAAGAUAGAGAAUGCCAAGGGUCUGCUAGAACUUUUUCGUCUGACAGGCCUAAGUGGAAAAUUGACAGAGCAAGGAGUCUCCUUUUGCAUCAGCACUGCCUUUGAAGGAACUUACCUAGAUUCCUAUUAUUUAGACAUCCUUAUACAGCAGCCACUCCGGAUUCAACACCAUUCAAUCCCAGUUUUCAUACCACUGGAGCAAAUAGCUCAUGAGCAUUUGCAGAAAGAUAUCAAGUGCUUCCUGUCCGUACUUUCAGAUCAUCUGAAUGCUUAUGCUAGAAGGAAAUUCCAGGUAGAUCAACUACAGGAACGUUUUGCUGUUUUUCUUGAAGGAUGCGUGAAAGGAAAUUCUUUGUAUAAUCAGUUGGAAUUUAACUACCGUGUCACAGAAGAUGGAAGUUUUCCAUUUAUAGCAAAGAUCAUAUAUGGAAAUCCCAUGAAUGCCCUCCCAACCAAGGUCACUGUUGUAUGUAAAGAUGCACCAGUGUCUGUGGACGAGAUGGCAGCAGCUCAUUUGGCUUUGUUCUAUGAGAAGCCUCUUCAAGAUGUCUUUCUUUCUAUCACAGUCUCAGCUGAAAAUCUGAAUCAACCUAUUGCAGCCGGAACAUCUUCCUAGUCUAUAUCUGGUGGCAAAAAUGUUAUCUCUGAGUUGCUGCAUUGUAAAUUCCACUAAGGUAGGAAGACAAAGAGGGAUCUCACAGUAACACAGAUUGUUCUGCCCAGAAAAUUGAUGAAGGGUUAUUUAGUUUAGUUUAAAAAUAAAGUACUUUAAAUGCUGAAAUGCUAUUAGCAACCUGAAGGAUGAUAGAGCAUGUUCCAGUAAAAAUCUGGCAGAUAAUAUCCUUUAGCUGAGUCUUUUUUCAAGUAAAUACAAGAUAGAUUGGUCAUAUUUUCAUUUUUAGUUUACAUAUUCUAGUCUCUGAAGUA